AUGUCACGAUACUGGCACUGGCUGUGGUCUUCUGCCGAAAAAGAUAAUAAUAAUUUAAUUGGCGAAGAAGGCCGGUAUCGGGGUUCUCUUGGCAAGAAGAGCUGGGGAGAGGAUGCUGGAGUGGCAGGGGCUUCCCUGCAGUCUGUAUUGUGCUCAAAUGUUUCAAGGGGAAAUAAGCUUAAACUGAUGCUUCAGAAACGAGAAGCCCCUGUUGCCACGAAGCCCGAGGUGUCGGUGAAAGAAACGACGGCCAAGGAGUUCCUAAGCAGCCUGAGACGGCAGCGACGCCAGCUGUGGGACAGAAGCCAGCCCGACGUACAGCAGUGGUACCAGCAGUUCCUGUACCUGGGAUUCGAUGAGGCGAAAUUUGAAGAUGACAUCUCCUACUGGACAAGCUUAGGGCGUGCUCGUAAUGAAUACUAUGGUGGGUACUACCAACACCACUACGACGAAGAUUCACCAAUUGGCCCACGAAAUCCACACACCUUCAGGCACGGAGCAGGUGUCAACUAUGAUGAUUACUAA